ACUAUACAAACAACCAGUUAUCGAAAACAACGCCGGUAAAGCAGCUUGGUCACACAGUAUCUAAAUUGAACUUAUUUUUUAUUUAUUUAUUAUUAGAAAUUUUGAAAUUUAUCCCAAAUUUAUUUUGAAAAAAGUUUAAUUUAUUUAUAGUGCAUAAUAGAAAAUGUUUCGUGUGCAGUCACCAAGAGGAUUUUUCCGCCUUUGCCAUCAUAUAACAAAGAGAAAUGCUAUAGUUAUUGCGGCAGCAGUUCGCACCCCAGCACCCACUGCUAUCAAGGAAGAGAAGUUAGCAGGUUUGGUAGUAGAUGAACUGGUAAAAAGAACUUUAUGUCCUCGUGAGGAAUUUAAAAAGUUGUUUAUGUGCGCGUCCAGUCAGUGCAGCAGUGAGCUUGAAGGCAUGGGCAAAGAAUUAGGAUUGAAGAGCUGUCAAACGUUUAAAUUGCAGAAAGAUAUUUGUUCGGCUGGUGCCGUACGAAUGGCAUUGCAAUCACUUCAAAAUGAGGAUCCACAAUGCAUAAUCACAGGAGAUUCGCGUUGUCAAGGGCUAAAGCUACCGCCCGAAGGGCUAUUGGCCAGUGAGGUAAUGAGCGAGAUAAAGCCGGUGGUUAGGCGGAAAAAAGGUGAUGAUAAAGAGAAUGAGGAGGUUCCAGCACCUGUUGAAGCAGCUGCCUUGGCCUGGACCACAUAUGAAAAUGCGGACCGCCUUCAAUUGCAGCCAUUGGCCGUGGUACUAGAAUUUGUUAUCGAGGAAAAUGACGUGAAGACCCGUUAUAAAAUCGAUAGGACUGAACCCAUUAUAGCUAAAGCAGUCCAUAAUUGGCAAUUCGUCACAAUUGCCGAAAAAGAUGCAAGCCCAGGGCAAAUACCACGUCUUCCUGCUGAUAUAAUCGCUCAGCUCGAACCACAUCAAAUAGGCAUUCAUGAAGCUCAACAUACUACGGCAAGUCAUUUGCUUACGCAUUUAGUGCAUUCCCUUCCAACUGGCCAUCUCGGUUGCGCAGUCAUAGAAACUCUUGACGGUAACCGUUUGGUGUUGGUUUUAGAAAAAUUAUAUACCGAACUGCCACCGGGUCAUGUUCUGCCUAUACUCACACUUUACACAAAAGAACCAUGUCCGCUCUGUGAUGAUUUAGUUGCCCAAUUGGAAGAUAAGUUUGCCGGUCAAUUUGAACUCAAAAAGGUUUUCAUCGACAAAAAGGAAAAUGUACGCUAUUUACGCCUUUUUCGCCAUGAUAUUCCGGUUCUAUUUUUCAACGGACAAUUUCUAUGCAUGCAUAGACUCAACGAGGAUGCUUUGACUGAGAGACUAGCUGCUUUUAAGAACGAUAUGGAAGCAUCACAGAUGGACUAAAGAUGCAUAAAUAGUUACAUUUUAUAUUGUUAUUCUUUUUUAUUUUUGCUUCGGCAAAGAUACAAAGACUUUUGGUACAGGCUUUAAAAUAGUUCACCCAUUGGCUUAAUGGUGAUAUCAUGGAUCUGUAAACAUGAAAGUUUGUGAGUCAACUGGGUGAAUAAAUCGUUUAGAUAUUUAAA